AUGGGUCAUCAGAAUAUUUGGUUUUCGCAUCCUCGAAAGUAUGGUCCUGGUUCAAGGUCUUGCCGAGUAUGCUCAAAUCACCAUGGUCUGAUCAGGAAAUAUGGUCUUAAUAUGUGCCGUCGAUGUUUCAGAGAAUAUGCCGGCGACAUUGGGUUUAAGAAGGUAUGUGAUACUUCGAAUAAUUUUAUUUUUGAAGUGGGAAUUACAGUUGGAAAAAUGCCGGAGAUGAUUCUUGGUAUUCGUUUGUUUUCUAACUGUAUGAGGGUAAUGGAGAGCGGGGAUAUUCCACCAGAACUAGCACCUUGCCGGCAGCAGCAACUUAUUCUCUUUACCGGCCUUGAUAUUGCGAACAAUCCCACUCAUGCGGCAGUUUUUUCCUGUUUUGUACAUAAUCGAGCUUCGGACCAACCUCCGUUAAGGAUCUUGAUGCUGACUGCCGAGAAUUCUAUGUAUGCAAUGAAAGAUCCGAAGCCGAAGCUUCCGAAGUCACCUCGCGGUUUUAUAAAAAUGAGCUGGUUGUCAAAAUAUGUGACUGAGAUACCGGCUGUAAUUGUUUUGUUUGCUGACCUGGACUGGAAUCAUCCAUCAUGGGAUGAGAAAGUUACGGAGUGCGAGUCAAAGGUGUCAUCGCUAAGGACAAGUAUCGGGAAUCGUGGCACACGUAUCUGCCUUGUCCUACUACAGCGUCAGAGCUCUGCAGUUGAUUCAGAGCGUGGCAUGAAGUUGUGUCAAAAAUGUCAGCUUCCUCAAAAGCAGCUUUUUGUAUUUCCCUUUGUUGAGCAGCUUCACGGUUAUGUCGUCAGGUUGGAAGCUGCAUUUCAUGAACUAGCACAGGGUUUUUAUCAGCAGUUAUUAAAGUCUAUUCGUGCACGAUCAACCCCGAAUAAUUUUUCCAAUUUAAUCAUUCGGCAGCAGUUUAAACUGGCAUUUGUUUCAGAGCUUUGGCAGGACACACACACCGCUUUAAGGCAUUAUAAACUCGCAUAUCAACAUUGUACUGAGUGUGAAAUGGUUGAUACCGAAAUAUAUGAAUUACUUAACGUUGCAGGAUUACUUAAUUUUAAGAUAUGCCAGCUUUCUUUUUUGCACAGCACCGCUCUGGAGGCCAUUACUCAACAGAGGAAGCAUGCUACAGUUUUUUUUUCAUCUACUCCUGGUACGUAUCCAUCCCCACAGCUAGCAGAAAUAGAAUUUGCCUUAUGGAAAAGUAAACAGUGUGCUAUAUUUGCGGAGUUAUUUGAAUAUGCAGUAUCUAUGGGUCUCGCCGGUGUAUCAACUCAAAAUCCUGGGUUAUAUCUACAAGCUGCCGCUGAUUACCGCUCGUAUGCUAACAAACAAAUUAUUGCUUUAAAGACGGCUAACGAGAGCAAACAUAAUUUACUACAGUACCCUCAUCCAGACCCUCUUGAUCCUCAAUGUCCACCUGUAUUUUACGGUCAAAGACCUUGGAGAGUGAUGGUUGAUGGUGGUGGACUUGCCGACGAAGUAACGGAAGAAAAUGCAAGGAUAGCCCUUGAAAUGCGAUGUAGUCCUAAUCAUAAACAGAAUAUUGAUUUGUUAACUUCGGCAAUGGCUCAUCAUCGAAAAUAUAAGUGUAAUCGUAUGCAUUGUUAUGCAAUGCUCUUAAUAGCUGAUGAGUAUACAGCGUUGCAGCUUCAUGAUAAAGCUCUCCAGUUAAUUUCCCAUGUUUUAUGGGAACGACAGUUGGGUGGGUUUUACGGAGCAGCCAGUGUUGUGCUGUCUAAAGCUCUGGUCUCUGCUUUCUUUCUGGCAGACAUAAAGGAAUUUAUAUCAGCAACUAUACAGAUGAUGAACGUUUACAAAUACCCGAGUUUUAAUGCAUUUGUACCUUACCUUGCUAAAAAUAUGGACUUAAUUCGACAUGAAUUACCACCUGCAGUGCCUUUGCCUUCUGUUCUUCUAACGGACUCUCAAGUAAAAUUCAGAUUUUCUUCUCCAGAAAUGAUAUCGCAAUCAACAUUCAUUCAGGCUGAAGCAGCAUUUUUGACAAGAGAUGAAGUGCUGUGCAGUGGCUUUUGCCUUGUUCUUACAGUUACUUUGUUGUCGCAUACAUCUAUUCCUGUCACAUUUGAUAAGUUGCAUGUUGGCGUCUGUGAUGGGGUGACAGUGCCUGCUGUGGAGCAGUCAAACUUAUUUGAUUUUAUAUCAGAAAACGUAGAAUUGGUUCCGGGCAUGGAAAAAGUUCUGUCUUUUCAUAUGCCCCUAUUGCCUGAAAAAUUUCAGACAGUCAGUGGACUGACUUUGGAAAUGGGAUCUGUGCAUUCUUCUGUAUUUGGUACUUUUGAAUGGGAUUCGCAGUCCUUGUCUAAUAGUUAUUUUAUCAUUCCUUUUAAACGCUCCUUUUUAGAGGGGAACAUUGGGAGAGCUUUAGUAACAGUUAAACCGAAAGAAGUACAACUUCGGCUUCAGAGUUUUCCAGAGCAAAAUGUUCUGGUUGAUGAAAUUGUAACUCUCCCAUUACAGUUAAUAUCUGAAGAGAUGAAUCCAGUUGCAUAUUCGAGGUAA